AUGGCUGUGAAUAUUACUGCAAACUUGAGGUACCCAGAGGUGGUUUUGCCGCCUUCAUCAUUCGGUGGUCGAACGAGAUUGAAAGCAAAUUCAAAGGCUGGUAAAAUUUCUGUGAUUAAAGCUAUCCAAACCCAAGAGGAAGCAGCAGUUGCAGCUCCUACUUCCACUCGAUUUCAGGCUCGACGAAUGAGACGACCCCAGAAUAUAGAAGGAGAGUUCUUUGUAGAUCACACGUGCAUAGAUUGUGAUACCUGCCGUUGGAUGGCUCCACAAGUCUUCACACGAAUAGGUGAGAUGUCUGCAGUUUUUAAGCAGCCAACUUCUGGGCAGGAACGCCUCAAAGCUCUUCAGGCCUUACUUUCUUGUCCAACAAGUUCAAUCCAUACUGAGAAACCUGCUCCUGAUAUUCAUCAAGCUCAGAAGACAUUCCCAACGCCAAUUGAUCAGCAGAGAAUUCCGGGUGUGUAUCACUGUGGAUAUCAUUCAGAGAAAUCUUAUGGAGCAGCUUCCUUCUUGAUUGUCCGUCCUGAAGGAAAUAUAAUUAUAGACAGUCCUAGAUACACACAGAGACUGGCUCAUAACAUUGAUAUGCUGGGGGAGCACGUUACAUGUUUCUUACCCAUGAGUAUGAUGAAGGAUGAUGUUGCAGACCAUAGGAAGUGGUCAGAGAAGUUAAGCUGUGACAGAAUUCUGCACUCUGGAGAUGUCGACAACUCUACUGCUGAUGUUGAAACAAAGCUACAGGGUGAUGGUCCGUGGAACCUUGGCGAGGAUGUCCAGCUUAUACAUACUCCAGGUCACACAGAAUUAAAGGUUUGUGGAGGGGAGCCAGAGUGGGGAAAAGGUGAGAGAGGUAGGCUGCAGAGUCGUUUGGUUGGAAGGGACUGGAAUGAUAGAAGAGAGCGGAUUAGGAAGGAUUGUUUUUCCCCUGAAUCUAGGACAACCGGAUCAGUCUGCUUAUUCUACAAGCCACUGAAGAUAUUAUUCACUGGAGACCAUCUAGUGAUGACAGAAACAGGGCUGAGCAUUUUUCCAAUGCAGCUAGAUAGCGUCCUCAAGCUGCUAGAUUUAGACUUCAACUGGAUAAUACCAGGUCACGGAAGGAGAGUUGAAUUUAAGGAUCGUGAGGAGAAAAAUUCAAUUCUGAAAGCCUUUGUGGAGGAGAAGUACAGCCAGUACAGGUGA